AUGUUGCCACAUCAGGAGGGGAUGCUCAACAAAUUACAAGAUCGUAACCCGUACUUUGGAGGAAUGUCGAAAAGAUGUCCCCACUUCUUCAAGGGCUCAAGGACGGUGGAAAACCUGGCGACACAUUGUGGCGGAAUGCUGGACCUGUGCUACAAGAAACGCCAUGAUAAAGUCGUCAGAUGUCUUCACUUUCUUUACACCAAGUAUGGAUUGAACCGAAGGAGUAAGCUGAAGAAUUACAAAGUAAUAUCGAAUGAUAGGGUAAAUAUCAAAUCAGACGUAAAAAUCGAGACGGAACUGUUCCUUGAAUACAACAAGCCCGACCUGAUGAUCCAUGACCGGAGAACAAAGGAAAUCACACUUAUUGAGGUUGGCAUUACCAACACGAAAAUCUUGGCUAGGACUGAGUUGCGAAAAUCACAAAAUUACGACCUACUAAAAAAUGAGUUUAUGGUACCCGGGUGCAAAGUUAUUACACUACCUGUGGUGAUGUCCUGGGAUGGACUAGUGACAAAACAUUUCAAGAGUUAUAGGAAACAGCUUGAAGUAACCGACAGGCUGAUGGCAUUAAUGUAG